GAUAAACGGGUGGAAACGUAAUUGAGAGCGGAUGAGAAGUCGAGCAGUACACCAUGCCGGUUGAAUUGCUGAUACAGGACCGUAUAAACCCUAACCCACACUCCGACUCUCGUACAGAUUAUUCUUGGGGGGACCGCCGGACCAGAUAAAUAAUUUGCAAUCAGGUCCCUUCCAAGUAGUUGAUAGAUAAUGUUGAAGAGAGCCCUGCAUAAAAAUUUAGGAGUACCUCGUGAUAGGAAGAGGAGGAAAAGGGAAAGCAUCUCUGGCGCGUUAGGUAUUGAUUUGUGUACAAAAGCAUCUGGAAUUGAAAGAAAAAGAAAGAGAGGAGAAUUAAGCAUGAUUGACAAGAAUGUUAAGCUUAAACAAAUGAAAGGGACCGUAAAUUCGAAUGGUGUGGAGAUAAGAGUUGAGGGCGUGGAUUAUAUCUCGCACUUGCCUGAAACUGUGAUCCAUCUCAUCCUGUCUCUCCUUCAUAGUACAAAAGAUGCAGCUCGAACCAGUACCUUGUCGAAGAGGUGGAGGGACUUGUGGACCUCUUUCUCUGUUUUGGCAUUCGAUCAGCGCAAGUUUCAAAAACCAGAGGGAGUUAAAGAUAGGAAGAAAUGCAAUGCGGUGUUUAAGGAGUUUGUUGACAAAUCUCUCCAGAGCCACUUUGACCGUAAUUUGGGUAUAUAUAAGCUUGUGCUGCAUGUGAACUCGUUUGAUCAAGAUAUGGCUCAUCGUAUUGAAAAAUGGAUUCGACUUGCAGCUGAAAAUAAAACAAAAGAGAUUGGUUUCCAUGCUCACAAGAAAAUAUGCGGUCGCUACACGGUGCCUAGGAAUGUCUUUACUUCGGAAACCAUAACUGGAUUAAGGCUAGAAGGCUGUAGAGUGGAUACUUCCAGUAAUAUAAAGCUUCCUAAUCUGCAAAAGCUGUAUCUGCGAAAAAUCCAUUUUGAUGAAUCAAUAAUUAUAAAUCUCAUUACCAGCUGCCCUCUAAUUAACGACUUGAGACUCAUACUUUGCUCGGGGUUAAAUAAUCUGCAGAUUUCAAGUCUCCUUAAACUUUAUAGGGUUGAAGUACACUACUGCCAUGGACUAGCGAUGAUUGAAAUCAACGCUCCAAGUCUUGAAACAUUUUGGUUUUGCGGGAAGAAAUACAUGUCCUGCAAAAUUAAGUUGGCUGCAUGCGAGUCUCUUAAAAGACUGACAUUAGAGGACAGUAGAAUGACAGACAACCAAUUUCGUGAUCGGUUCUUUAGGUUUCCUCUCCUGGAGAAACUGGAUCUACAUAAAUGCCUCAACUUGAAAAAUAUAAGAAUUGCAAGCCAUCGGCUGAAAAGGCUAGUAUUAAGAGGUUGCAAGAAACUAGCAGAUGUUGAAAUUGAUACUCCUAAUCUUCUUUCAUUUGAGUAUGAAGGUGAUGAAAUGCCCUUUUCUUUUCUGAAUCCUGUAAGUUUGAAGGAGGCCAAGCUUUCAUUUGCAGCAGUAAGAAACUUCAUAUCUGAGCCUGAAUGGUUUCUUAAGAUGCGAGAAUUUCUUGGAAAGUUGGAUCAUAGAGCCUUUAAACUGGUUGUUUACACCAAUAAGAAUGUCAUCAUCCACGAAAAUAUUAGAGAAAUUUCGCUUCCUGCAAACUGUGGUCUCAAAUUUGAAUUAAUCCAAUCAUCAGUGGGUACCGAAGAACUAUUAGAUGGUUCAUUGCAGAAACGGCAGCUGGAGACCCUAUCUAUAGUGUCGUCUUCCAGCAGUGAAUUCCUCAAGUUGGUACGUGAGAAGAUUACCAGAAAGGAGGAUCCAACCUGCUGCACAAGUAUGAAUUCAACCAAUAAGUGUUGGAGACACUUCUUAAAGGACGCCAGGAUGGUGAACUUGAAAGCGACCAAACACGUUGCUCCAUGGAUGGCUUGGUUGAAGUCACAUCCAAGGGUUAAUGAGAUCACUUGUUUUAGAUUGAAAUGGAAAUCGGACAAAGAUGGUGGGAAGAGGAAGACCGCGGUAGUGGGACCAUGGGGAGGAAAUGGUGGAACUCCUUGGGACGAUGGCAUCUACAAUGGCGUGAGAGAAAUCACGGUUGUUUACGGCCACUGCAUCGACUCCAUCACCGUGGUGUAUGAUAAAAACGGCAAGCCUGUCAAAGCCGAUGCACAUGGAGGCCGCGGAGGCACUCAGACCGCGGAGAUAAAGUUGGAGUAUCCGGAUGAGUACCUAGUCAGUGUGACUGGGAACUACUGUCAGUUGGCGUACGGUGGCACAGCUAUCAUCCGUUCGCUUAAAUUUCAGAGCAAUCGAAGAACGUUCGGACCAUUUGGGAUAGAGGAAGGCACAACGUUUACUUACAACGUUGAAGGAGGAAAAAUUGUUGGGUUGAAGGGAAGAAAUGGUUGGUACAUAGAUGCCAUUGGGUUUCAUGUAUCCCCUGCCCCUACAAAACUCUUUCGGAUAGUUCAGAAGAGUUUCAGAAGGCUCGGGAGCUUGGUUACCUUCGGGCACCAGAGAAACUGAAACGACUGCUCCCAAGACUAGAGGAUUUUGAAUGUAUAACUAUAAGCUAGUCUUUCUGCUUUUGAUUGAUUGUUUUCAUGUAUACUUAAGCUAUCCAGAUAAUUCAGUUGCAUUUCACUUUUCUUGCUUUUAGAAUCCCGAGACAUACGUUUUUGACAAAUAUUUUGACACCUAUUUUGUAGGU